AUGGCAGUUGGCGUUGGAUUUUCCUAUACAAUCGGCGUCGUAGCGUGGGGUCUGAUCUUUGCCGCAAUCCCGAGCCAUUUCCCUGAUGCACCUCCAGACCCGUCAGAACCAAAGGGCCCUUGGAUUGAUGCAAGAUCAUUCUCGAGGAUAGACUUCAUUGGUGCCGCAUUGAUCCUGACCUCAUGCUCCUUCAUUAUCGCCGCUUUGCAGGAAGGUAACUCGCAAUAUGCGUGGGGCUCAAGCCUGGUCAUCAGCUUCUUUGUCAUUUCAGGCAUCGCAAUUAUAGCCUUUGUAUGGUGGGAGCGGCUUACCUGCACCAAGAAGUCUGCUAUCACACCGGUCUUUCCUUGGUGGCUGAUGAAACAUCGAGUGUUCAUGGGUGUUGCUUUUUGUCAAUGGAAGCUCGCCACUCGGCGCGGGCGUAAAACUAUUGUCCUUUUCGCGGGUCGCUUCGCCAUUCCAUUUGUUUAUAUUAUUUUGGCCGGCAUUGCGUGUGAGGUUAGUGGCAUGUUCCUAUUCUCAGGAAUUGCUGGUGCGUCACACAUCUGGACAGGACAGUUCGGAUAUUUGGUCCUUGCCGGCUUGGGAGUUGGGUUGAGCAUAGCUGCAUUCUACAUGGCAGCGCCCCUUGUGGUCGAAGGAGAGGACCAUGCCGCUGCUAUUGGCAUUGGAAUUCAGUUUAGAACCCUUGGUGGUGUCUUGGGUAUCGCAGCUUCCACGACCAUUCUGAAUCAUUACUUGACAAGCCGCUUGGCAAGUCAUAUAUCACCCCAGGCACUUGCUGAACUUCAACAGACAACUGAGUCCAUCAAGCAGUUAUCACCAGAGAGCCAGGUAUACAUUCGAGAAGUCUUUGCGAUGGCGUACAGUAUGCAGAUGAAAUUAGCUGGGGCAUUCGCUGCAGCACAAAUAUUGGCAGUGGCAAUGAUUUGGAAGAGAGGAGCGAAUGUGCGGUACUUAAAGCCCGAAAAUUCUUAA